UGAGCUAUUUUUUAUUUAAUUUACUCAUAGUUGGGGGGCUAGUGUGAAGAUGGCCCCCCUGAAAUUUGUUUUGUAAUAACUUUUUUAUUAGAAGUGUGCAAACGAAAAUUCGAAAUGUGCAUACAUGUGCAAACGAUGAGCAAUUGAAUGAGCUAUAGAAACUUUAUGUUUUUCAAUGUUGGGGGGCUAUCUUCACACAGGUAUAUCUUGUUCGGUCCAGUAGAGAUGCCGGCGAUUUAUAGGUUAUUUAAGUUUAGCGAAUCGAAGGUAUACGGCGAUCUAAAGUACAAAACGCAUCUUACGACGAAAUAUAUGAAAGGCUCUACGUAUUUCACCAGUUAUGUUUAAUUAGAAAUCGUAUAUUCAUCUCAUCUUUUAUGACUGUUUAUGACAAUUUCGGAAAGCCGGGUGAUUGCUCACGUGUUCUAUCGAUGGAGGGUUUCUGUCCGUUGUGCAUGAAGAAAGAUUUAAAAAGAAAAAUGAAAGCGUAUCAGAUCAAUCUAACAGAAGCGAUGUGGUCGUGUGAGGAAGAAAUGUGCUGCUGGCCAAUUGGUUACGAGGAGUUAGUUUUCUUUAAUCGACCAGCUGACAGUUUGCUAGAACUGUCAAGUGUUUCUAAGGAAGAUGUGGCAUUGUUUACGGAACUUUCACUUUAUACACCACCUGUAACUCCUGGAAGUAUUUCCAAAGAAUUAACUGAGAUUGAAUGCUCAUCAAAUUCUUCAGUAGAAGAUAAACUUGGUGGAAUAUUGCCUAAAUGUGAAUCAUUUACCUCAACAAAGGAAUCUAUUGAUUCUAAUAAGCUAUUUGAGCAUCAGUCAGAAAUUAAUAAUUCUACUAAAGAAAGAGAGAUUAUUUCGAAAAAUGAAAUUGCGAGUAUUAAUAGUUUUAAGUUGCUGCCUAAGAUCACAAAUAUUCAAAAGGCUAAUAUUAAUUUUACAGUUUUGUCUAAUGUUCAUGAACAUUGCAAUAGUACAAAGGUACAAAAGUGUCAAUCAUCAUUCGAGGAUACAUCUGCGAUAAAUAAUUUCGAAAGUUCUGAUGUGUUCGAAAGUACAUGCAAAGAACUUGAUGUGCAGUGUAAAAGUGGGAACGAACAGCAUGAAAAUGGCACAGUGCAAUUGAAUGCUAUAAAAAGUGGUAUGGAAACAAAUUUAGGUACAGAUAUACCACCAGAUAUCAUGCAAACACUAGUCGAUGUAAAUAGUACAAAGUACAAUAGUUCAAGUACACAAGAAUCCAUAAUAAAUGCUUGUGACUCUGAUAUAAAUACACUAUUGGAAGGUAUUUUAGCUGAUGAUAACAUGACUGCAGACGUAAAUACGGAUUGGUUAAUGUCGUUGCUCAGCUGAUGAAGAACUUAAAUUUGUUGCUAUUUGAUACAUUUAAUUGCAUUAUAUAAAGUCUGAAAGAUGCGAUGAAAGACGAAUGUAAAUUAUAACUGAUCUGAUUUAUGAUUUGUGAUAAUAAAGCCAUUUAGUUAUCAUAAAGUUUUGUUAUAACGAAUUGUAUGUUCUGUGAAGUAAAAAUAUUUUUUUUAUUGUGUUCA